AUGGGCGUGCCGUCGGAUUCCGAUAGCGCGUCCAGCGUGAACUCAAAAGGCUUACGCAAACGCCCGAGACAGAGUGCAGACUCAGGGUCAGACUCGGCCCGGAGCGUCACAGCGGUGCCGGCCCCCAAGGACGGUGCCAAAAAAGGAGGGAGAGGUAGGCCCGCUACUACCGGCAAAUAUGCCGGUAUCGGCCUAUCCAGGCGUGAGGCUGCGGCUGCAAUGAAGGCCGCAGCAGUUGCCGAAAAACUAGAGGAGGACGAGCGGCAGAUUGGGGCUCUGAUGAAAAGAAGAGCUACCUGCCUCCAACCUAAGCCUAAGAAUGGCCGCACGGUUGCAGCAAUAAGAAGGGUGAGCAAGGUCUCGAAGGGACUUAGCGGCUGCACCCAGAAAGCACUUAAAGAGGCCACAGCCUCCAUUCUGGAAAGUGCUCAGGUGCUUUUGACCCGCACAACAACAGAAGAGACGGCGCUGCUGCGGGCCCAGAACGCAAAGCUCGCAGCGCAAAUGACGGAGCUCCGCAAGGAGCACGAGGAGCUCAAGGCGGAGAUGGCCAACUUCCGCCGCGAGCACCUCAGGCGGGGAGGUGGGCCUUCCGCACGCAACGCCGCAAUCGCAACUGCAGUUGCCGUCACAGCCGUUAAAGCAGUAGUCGCCACAGGAGACGGAGCUCGCCUGAUCCGUCAGGAGAUGGCGAGUUUCGACGCGUGCUUCUCGGUGCUUGAGGGGAGGAUUCUACGCCCCCCCCUAGCUAUAGACCAACGCAGCACACCGGCGCCGACAUAUGCGACCCAAGCCGCAGCGCCCCGUGCCGCCCAACCGGCACAAGCAGCUGCUGCCACACUAAAGAGGAUGUUCCAACUGCCGCCUCGCAAAAGGAAACUGCAGGGCCUAAAUCAAAUAGGCAGUUAA